GUCAUUGAGCGUCGCGGAAGCGCCAAACACGUGUAUCCCCCCCCCCUGCUCCCGGCCUCUACUCCCUGCUGUCACUGGCCAUGGGUCGCUCCCGCCGCACAGGCGCGCACCGAGCUCACUCCUUAGGCCGCCAGCUGAAGGCCAAGCGGCGGCGGCCGGACCUGGAUGAGAUUCACCGGCAGCUGCGGCCGCAGGGUCCCAAACGGACCGAGCCUGACCCGAAUGCUGAGCCGGACCCUGACCUGCCGGGAGGGGGCCUGCAUCGCUGUCUAGCCUGCGCGAGGUACUUCGUCGAUUCCGCCAAUCUGAAGACCCACUUCCGAUCCAAAGACCACAAGAAAAGGCUGAAGCAGUUGACCGUCGAACCCUACAGUCAGGAAGAGGCGGAGAGGGCAGCCGGCAUGGGCUCCUAUGUGCCCCCGCAGCGAUUGCCAGUGCCCACGGAAGUGUCCACUGAAGUCCCCGAGAUGGACACGUCUAUCUGACAUGGCCUUAGUAUACAGGCAAAGGAGCUGCCUAUGACAGUGGUACAAAGACUAGGUUGGGAGUGAGUGUACAAAACUAUUUGGGGCCCUGGGUUUCGUGAAUCGGGAUACGGGAUAACCUCAGCUGGGUGCCCUCCCCACAAUAAAGGAACUAGAUUUUAACUUC